GGUUCAACACCUCCUUGCAAUCGCCAAGAGCUGAGAGGAAGCAGGCGAGAAUACUCCAACCUGACACUCAUCACCUGCUGGACCAUAUCAACGCACGUCUGUUUCGAAGGUUCGAGAGCUUGACUAUUCAUGGAAAUAGAAUACAAUUCGCUCUUUAAUAUAUAAAACGAUGCCAAUGCCAGCAGCCUCCAAGGUUAGUCUUAUCGCAUCUGGUAUUUCCACGAAUCUGACGUUAGGGAACUGUUCGUCGUUAUCGUACCACAUUAUAGACUCCAGUAGUACGAUCUCUUUGAAAUGCGGAGUGUGCUUCAUCUUGCUUUCGACAAACUCCAGUACCCACAGCAUAUCAGCUAAUUUCCGAGGCAUACGGGGCAGCUUCCGCAAGUGGACUUCAUCAUCAUCAUUAUCAUCACGAUCGUGAGUCGUGACACCGAUCUUGCUUCCCCAUAUACUGGUAGAAGAGAACCUAGGAUUUGUCAUACAAUGCGACGCC